AUACUAAUCACGAUUUAAGGUACAUCAUAAAAUGCACAAAAUAACAAUAAGAUUUACAAGUAUGCCACCGCCCAUGGUGUGUUGGGCUGGAUCAAAUGGGUCGGGUCUGGGUGACCCGAUCCAUAUGUACAAACUUAACACUUUCACCUCAUAUGGCAGAGGCAUAAAAAUUGAACGAGGACACAAUAUUUUUACACAUAACCAGCUCCAAAGUGUAGGUCCUCGAAUAAAAUACUUCUAAAAGGAAAAAAGGAAAAAAAAAUCGCCAUCGAAAACAUAACUACUCCAUAGGAAUUCCUCUAUAAUAACAUACGCUCCCAUAGAACGUCAUUUCAAGAAAUCGCACAGAAGUGAUAGAUCACUCUUCCAAAAUGAAAAGCCUCUAAGUUAAAAAUUUCUAGCCAUCUAUUUAUAAUAUUUAAUACACGAAGAUGAAAAUUCACUAAACGUAAAUCACGAAUCUAUGUCUACGUAUGAUCGUAUUUCCGAUGAAUCAGCACACGGAUAAAGAUACAAAAUUUUGAAAUGCCCGAGGAGGGGAUGGAAUCCCUCUCAUCCGCUAUUAGAAGAGGAAGGCACCAGCCACCCAACGCGCGUAUCUAUCUCGUUUUUCAAUUCAAAUAGGAGAGAAAGAAUCGGCCAAACUCAUACGUGAGAGAUUAUCGGAAGUCUGUUGCAGCCCCAAAAUUAGAGGGAAAAAAAAGAACGCGCAAAAGUGGCACCUCUCAAGUGGCUUCGUCCCUGUCCCUUCCCUUUCCAUGCCAUACUCGACAACGACGACGACGGCAGGGGUGAUCGGCGGUGUGUCGGGAAAAUGGACGGAUCAACUUCGGAAAUAGAAGAGCUCUCAAAGAUGGCAGAACGAAAGCUCUCCAUCAGAAGCAGCAAUGAUCCACGCCUUGGUGGUGGUCUCCAACUUCACAAUCCGUCGUCAUUCUCUUCAUCAUCUUCUUCUGCAUUAGUUAAUGUGCUUCAGAGAUUGGAUCAGAUAGAUCUUCGGCUGAAGCAGAUAGAGGACAAGAGGGGUCCGGCGACGUCGUCAUCGGGAAGCCAUCAGCGUUGUGGAACUUGUCCACCCAACAGCUACCAAUCUCUCAAAGUGGCGACCAUCAACCUGGAGAAGCGUUGCAGAUCGUUGGCAGCGACGCUUGAAGAGGUCCAGUUCAAAGGCACCCUCAUGGACCGAGUCCGAUCACUCGAGAAUCGGAUUCUACAGUUGAGCAAUGAAUUGGACAGUGGAAGCAGAACAAGCUGCCUCCUGCUAAAGGCAACAGAUGAGAAUGAAUGGCGUCAACAACCAGCAGGCGGCAAGCAUGAUCCGUCGUACUUCCAACCAUCCAACCAAGGACCUGGGAAGCAAGGAGUGGACCUUUAUGCGCGUUUUCAUCAAAGCCCAGAACCUAAAUCACGGGAAAAAGGUCAGAAGAACGUCAGCAGGCACAGGAACGAGACGAAAAAGGCUGACAGGAAUUGGCCCUACAGGAGAUGGUUUUCGUUGGGGUGCUGAAGGGACAAGCCCUUCACCGUCUUCUCAUGUGUUGGUUUCAAUAAAUUUGUCAAAGAUGAAAUGAAGAAACGAAGAACGCCAACGUCGAUGUCCAACAGCCAUAUCUGGAUGUGCACUCCAAGCUUCUACUCAAGGAGGAAGAAGAACCACACCUUUGUAAUUCUACUUAAGGAGAACGGGUUUUGACCAUAUCUAGAUAAAAAAUUCUUAGGAUUUUCUAAAUUUCUCCAAAAUUUAGAGCACCCACUUUACUGCGUGAUUGUUACAGAAAAAACGAAAUGGAAAAGAAAGAUAAUGAAGAAAAGACUGCAGUUUGGAUUGUUUUUGUUUUUUUA